AGGCGUCUAGGGUGGGGAUGGGCUCCCCACGGUUGGUGAUGCGGCGGCUGUAGUGCCGCGAGUUUCCCACAAUGCAGUGCGGUGCGCUGUCCCCGGUGCUGAUGCUGAGUGCAGCCCCUGAGCCACCGCCUCGUCCGCCGCCCUCCCGCUCCCCACCAGGCCCGGGCCCCCGCCAUGGCCCGGGCCCGGAGGCCUCGGGAGGCCCAGGCGGGGGAGCCCUGGAAAGCAGCCUGCGGGCCGCCGUGGCGUUCAAGGCCGAGGGCCAGCGCUGUUAUCGAGAGAAGAAGUUCCGCGAGGCUAUUGGCAAGUACCACCGGGCGCUGCUGCAGCUGAAAGCGGCCCAGGGGGCCCGCCAGCCCGGCCCGGGCCCCAGCCCCACGCCCCCGCGCCUCAGUGAGGAGCAGCGGCGCCUCAUGGAGAGCACCGAGGUGGAAUGCUAUGACAGCCUCACUGCGUGUCUGCUGCAGUCGGAGCUGGUGAACUACGAGAGGGUGCGGGAGUACUGCUUCAAGGUGCUAGAGAAACAGCAGGACAACUUCAAGGCCACUUACCGGGCGGGCAUAGCCUUCUACCACCUGGGUGACUACAGCCGCGCCCUGCGCUACCUGCAGGAGGCCCGGAGCCGGGAGCCCACAGACACUAACGUCCUUCGCUACAUGCAACUGACCCAGUUGCGGAUGAAUCGCCGCAGCCGAGAGCGAGAAGGUGGGAGCAGCGGGGGUCCCGCCCGAACUCGAGAUGUGAUUGGAUGACCCACUGGCCUCACUCCUGGGGUCUCCCCCUCCAGGCCUGUGUCGUGUGCUUUGUGUGAGACUUGGGACUUGGGCCCCAGGAGAAGCAGGGAGGGAGGGUGGGGAGGCGCCUGCCCCACUGAGACCAACUUCUGGUUUUGUCCCUGCCUCGCUGGAGGCUUGUUUAUU